UGCACUUGCUGACAUGUAGGUCUUUCCUUAUAUCUCUGAUGAGUGCUACUCACAAUCUGUACCUAGACCUUGUUUCUAUAGGUACUCAACACAGCUCUGUUUGUGCAGCACUUGCUCAGACUUGCACUCUACAGGUGACAACUGCCUUUGAUUGACAUCUCUUCUGCAUGAUAUUGUCUACAACAUCUCUGCCUGUGGUAUCUUGCCUUGCACUUGUCUCUGCUGGGAUUUGAGAUUCUUUUACAUCUAUUGGUGUGCACUACUUCCAGACUUGACCCCAUUGUUUGGGAUCUCUGUCAGCAAUCUAAUUGCUCUUCUGGUAGCAGCAGGAGCCAUUCUCUAGUUCUGAACACCAAAUUCUAUCAAAUCUCUCACAUUUCACUGGUCUAUAUUCAAAUUUCUUGGUAUUUUUGCUUCUUUUUACUGAAAUACACUAACAGGUUUGCUGCCUUGUCUCUAGUGCAGAUCACUGUGUCUGCAGCAUCAAAUUCUCUGCUUGUGAUCUUGAACCUUGCUUCUCUCUAUGGCCAACACUAUUGAGAAGGAUCUACCCCAAAAUGAGCAGGACUUUUCCAAUGAUUUUGUCAAUCAUUCCAACCUGGAGUCAUCAUCAGCUUCUCUACCUCUUCAAAUGUACCCAUUUCCCUCUUUUGCAACACAAAGUGUGCACCCAAAGCGCAGACAAGUCAAGGUUGCUUGUACAAAUUGCCAAAAAGCAUGCAAGAAGUGUGACCAAGCUAGACCAUGUCUUCGCUGUGUUAAAUAUGGAUUUGGUGCAGAAGGUUGUAUGGACUCACAGAGAAAAGAACGUCAAAAAGGCAUCAAGCGUGGACCUUACAGAAAACGAGUUGGCAAAGCUGCCUGCUCUGAAUCUGUUGAAUUGCCUCAAGCAGACAUAGGACCUAGCAAGCAGCUGACUAGUCCACAAGUUUCUUUAGACUUGGCCAGUCCUGUUCAGGAUUGCCACUCACAAAUUCAAGCAUCUACAUCCACAUCCUAUUCCAGUUCACAGUGGUACUAUCCAGCUUCAGUACCAAAUCAAGAUAUGGACAGCACACUAUUUAGACACUUGCAAGCAACACAUGCAUCCCAGGAGUCUGGAAGCUUUGUCAGCCCACUAGCUUUGCAUCAAUAUCAGAUGCACAUUUCUUCUGAUUAUUCUGCAGAAUUAUAGGGCCUUUUCUCUGUACCUUACUAUCUAUAGGCAUUGCUACAUUGGUGAUUAGCAUUAACUGCAAUUAUAAGAGCAACUCCUACUAGCACACAGGAAGAGAACAUGUAGUACACAAUAACCUUACACAAAUCAGAGCAUAGAGGAAGAUCCUUAGAGGAUGGUGUCAGGGGAACCUCCUCUUCUGAUCAAUCAGCUUGGGAUCUGGCAUGCGAUCGCGCUCGCGUGACCUGUCAGCUGUCAUGUACC